AUGUCUAAACUGCAGCUGGUGUGCGUUUUCCUGUGCUUGGCUCUUGCUUGUAGUUCAGACGCACCUAAUGAGGUGGUGGACAGCACCCUGAAUGAUGUCAGUCCUGGAUUUAACGAGGAGUUGGAUGAACAGGGCGAAACCCUGGACGACGAGAUGGAUAACCAGGAGAACAUUUUAACCCAGCUGCUGGGCGACUAUGACAAAGUGAAAGCCCUGUCUGAAGGCUCUGAUUGCCGGUGUAAAUGUGUGGUGAGACCCCUGAGCAGGAGCGCCUGCCAGCGAAUCGAGGAAGGCGACGCCAAGACUCAAGACUUCUACACUGUGGAGACGAUUACGUCGGGGCCGGGCUGCAAGUGCGCCUGCAUCGCCCCUCCCUCUGCUCUGAACCCCUGCGAAGGGGACUUCAGGUUCAAGAAACUGCAGGAAGCCGGGAAAGACGACGUCAAACUCUCAACUAUUAUGGAUUUGCUCGAAGGGGCCUUUUAUGGGAUGGACCUGUUAAAGUUGCACUCUGUUACGACUAAACUCCUCGAUCGCGUUGAGAUUAUAGAAAAGGCAGUGUCCAAAAACCACACUGAACAACGAGUAACAGUGCGGGGCAGCUCCCAGGAGCAGGUCCAGGUGAAGGAGAGCCGCUCACGUACGCGAACUGAGAAGAGGAAACGCGUACAGGCGACACCCCUGCAGAGAGACGCAGCAGCAGUCUACAUGGACACAGAGAAGACCUAUGAGGAAAGGUUCAUCGGGCCCCAGGGCCAGACCCGCCCGCUUUUAAAGAGGAGCCAGCCCGAGGAGGAGGCCGAACGGGCAGCGGAGGGGCAGGCCAGAGCCAGUCCAAACGGGAAGGUCAUCAGAGGAGUCACAUAUUACAAGGCCAAUGCGCUGGAGGACGAGGACGCAGACGAGCACCUGGUAGCAGCAGCAGAGGAGGUUGUUAGCGGUGACGGGUUAGUGGAUUUGCUGGUGGGCGAUCAGCUCCUGAAGCACAAACACAAAAGCUCUAGAACCAAUGGGAGAGCAAGGCCUGAGGCAGAUCAGCCCACAGCUUCCGCUGGCACAGAAGUGGUCCCGCCCACCCAGAAAUACACCAAUACAUUUGAGGAGAUAGUCGCAGCAGAGAGGGCCACCGAAAAAACUCCAGGAACCACGGAGCCACCAGCAACCACUGCAGCCAUUCCACCGACGAUGGUAACCACAGCAACGACCACCACCACGACCACACCGGCAGCAACCCCUGCGCUUCUGACCACAUCUCCAUCGACAAUGACACAGGCUUCCACCUUGACCAAAGCUGCCAGGCAGUCAGUUACAGCUAAACCCAAGUACCGCAUCAGUUGGACUGAGAGCCCAACAGAAGAAACCAUGGAGGCUGAGCCCACAAAAAACCCUGGGAUGUGCAAGGACACUCUGGCCACGAUCUCCGAACCCGUGACUCACAACUCCUAUGGCCGAAGUGAAGGGGCAUGGAUGAAGGACCCCAAGAGGGAUGACGACAGGCUCUACGUGGCGAACUACUUCUACGGAAACAUCCUGCUGGAAUUCCGUGACUUGGACACCUUCAAACAAGGACAGACUUCUAAUUCCUACAAGCUGCCUUACAACUGGAUUGGCACAGGUCACGUGGUGUACAACGGGGCCUUUUUCUACAACCGUGCCUUCUCCCGUGACAUCAUCAAGUUCGACCUCCGGCUGCGUUAUGUGGCGGCCUGGACCAUGCUCCACGACGCGGCGUACGAAGAGGAUGCGCCCUGGCGCUGGCGGGGCCACUCCGACAUCGACUUCGCCAUAGACGAGAGCGGCCUCUGGCUGAUCUACCCGGCGGUGGAUGAGGAGAGCUUCCACCGCGAGGUGGUGGUCCUGAGCAAGCUGAACCCGAACGACCUCAGCACGUACAAGGAGACGUCCUGGAGGACGGGCCUGCGCCGCGACUAUUAUGGCAACUGCUUUGUUGUCUGCGGCGUCCUGUAUGCCAUCGACAGCCACGAGCGGGCCAACGCCAGCCUCUCCUAUGCCUUCGACACAUACACAAACACGCAGAUGGUCCCGCGGCUGCCCUUCGCCAAUGCCCACGGGCACAGCACACAGAUCGACUACAACCCCAAGGAGCGGGUCCUGUACGCGUGGGACAAUGGACACCAGGUCACGUACAAUGUCACAUUUGCCUACUGAGAAGGAAAAAAAAACGUGUACAGCCAAAAAGCUUACCGGCACUUUUUUUAUAUAAAAGACUAAAACAAAAUAAAAAAGGAAAUAAAUAAUUUUAUAUUGAAGUAGAUUGUAGAACAGUCUACGUGAGCCCCUGUGGCUAUUACUUGUAACGUAUCACCCAUUUUUAUUGCUUACGUUUACGUGUCUGCCAUGCACACAGUGUGUUUUGUCUAUUGGUCUGUUUGUUUGUUUUUUCUGCUAAUUAAUGUUCACUCUUU